AUGCUCAAGUUCGACGAAAAGGCCGAAGGGACGACCUCGACGCAACCCACGAGCCACCCUUCUGCAGUCUUCGAGACCCGGACAGGAGACUCGGGCGGUGAUGUUGAGAACACAACGAGAGACGUACGCUUGAAAGGUGUUGUGGAAGCGGAAGCAGUGAUUGCGAGCUGGACCACGCCGUUGUGUGUGCUGUUUUGUCUAAGCGGGCUUCUUUUGACAUUUUUCAACGCAUUAGAGUCACAGUCGCUGGGGCCGCUUCGCCCCUACGCCUUGAGUUCGUUCGACGCCCACGGCUUGACCGCUGCCACUUCGAUUGUCUCGAACAUAGUAGGGGGAGUGGCCAAAUUACCAUUCGCGAGGAUUACGGACAUAUGGGGCCGCGGUGUUGGCCUGACCGUCACUACCGUCUUCGAUGUUCUUGGUCUGCUCAUUGCUGCAGCCUGCACCGGUACAGUAGGGUUUUCCGUUGCACAAGUAUUCCAAACAGUUGGUAUCGAGGGAGUUGGGCUAGUCAUCAACGUGUUCGCUGCCGACAUAUCCAACGUGAAGUACCGGAGUUUGGUUUAUGCUGUACUUGGAUUGCCCCGUAUUGCGACGACAUUCGCCGGACCCGCUCUCGCGCAGCAAUUCUUGCAUCAUAGCACCUGGCGCUGGGGCUUUGGGACUUUCGCCGUACUCAUUCCCGUCAUGACCCUUCCGCUCUUAGUUGUUUACCUCUUCACUCUGCGAAAGGCAAGGGCAGAAGGCAGAGUUGCCCAAAAGACGCCUCGUAGCGGCAGCUGGUCACAAAAGCUUGUGCAAACACUUAUAGAAUGGGACGCGAUUGGUAUGGCUCUAUUGGUGGCAGGAUUCUCAUUCAUCCUGCUUCCUCUGGCCAUCGCAACCUAUCAAGCCCAUAAAUGGAGGUCUGCAGCCAUCAUUGUCCUCAUGGUACUGGGAGGGUUUAUCCUGGUUGCGUUUAUAUUUUGGGAACGCGUUGCGCCAUUCAAGAUUGUGUCCUACCAUGUUCUGAAAGAUAGGACUGUCCUAGGCGGGUGCGCAGUACUAUUUAUACAAUGGAUGGGUCUAAGAUGCUACGAGAGUUACUUCAGCUCCUAUCUACAAGUUGUCUACGACCAGAGUGUUGAAAACGCUGGUUAUAUCAACAACAUUUACAGUCUAGGGGCGUCCGUCUUCGGGCUUAUAGUCGCUUGUGGAAUCUCAUACUGGGGACGAGUGAAGUGGAUAGCGUUGGGCCUCCUUCCCAUCAAAGUGCUGGGGACAGGUCUGAUGAUCUACUUCCGAAACCAGACAAAAUACAUCGGAUACGUAGUGAUGACUCAAGUCUUCAUCUCGUUUGGUGAAGCAGGUCUGCUCCUGUGUUCGGAGAUGGCAAUACUUUCACGGGUCGAACAUGCCGACGCCGCAAUGAUCUGGGCGCUGAUGGCGCUCUUCGAAUCAAUCGGUGCAAGCGUUGGACUUUCGAUUUCCGGAGCCAUUUGGACAAAUACCCUCCCUGAAUACCUCGAAAAGUAUCUACCAGACAGUAGCAAAAGACAGGCAUCCCGCAUAUAUGGUUCUCUCCGCAAACAAUUGUCAUACCCCUGGGGAUCGGCAGAGCGUGAGGCCAUCAAUGCAGCAUAUGCCGUUGCGCAAGGAAGAAUCCUUAUUGCAGCGACGGCGAUAUUCUCGCUAACGGUGGUCUUUAUUUUGAUGUGGAAUAACGUAAAGGUCAACAGAGGGAGCAGAUGGCGCGGCUCUGCUGCAACGAGAUGA